AUGGCAGCUGUUGCUCCGUCCUCUGACAAAGCUGCAAGCUUAUUGCAGAAUUUGUCCCUGGAUUCACAGCCAAAGACUAUUAUUAAUGGAGAUGCUGAGUCCGUGAAGAAGAAUGGACCUAGUUUUGCCGUUAGUAACACUAAGGGGGCAGGCAAGCCAUUCAAUCCGAAUCCAAGUUUUGCUCCAAAUGGAUACCCUUCUACUGCAUAUUAUUAUGGAGGUUAUGAUGGACAAGGAGAUUGGAGUGGCUAUUCCAAUUAUGCGAACCUUGAUGGAGGGAUGGCUCAAGGUGUUUAUGGUGAUAACUGCUCUUAUUUGUAUCAAGGUUAUGGAUAUGCACCAUAUGGAGCAUAUGCUUCACCCAAUUCCUCCUCUCCAAUGGUUCAACAUGAUGGUCAGCUGUAUGGGCUCCAACAGUAUCAUUUGCCAGCUUGUGCUCCAUUGUCAGGAUAUCAGGGUCAAAGAUUGGGUACUCAUGGUACACAGUCGGCAAUCCCUACAGAUCUGUCAUUGGUUUCUGAUCGACAGACCAAACAUGGAGGAAAGGUUGGAUUAUCUUCACAAGUUAUGCCUGUCAAAGAUUUCUCAUCUCAAAGAAAUCAAAGACACACUCCGCCACUUCCACAAUUCAUGAACUUGAAUGGUUCCAGGUAUCCAUCUGGAAUGGAACUAGUUCCUGGAUUCAUGAACAGCAUGUAUCCAAGCAACAGUAUGUUCAGCCAAUAUGGAAACACUUUCAGAGCUAAUUCUAGCUUUGGCUCUUCUGCAUAUGGAUCUAGAACUGGCUCUUAUGAUUACAAGUUUAGAGCCACAUGUAAUGGCUAUGUUGCUAAUGAUUCCAGAAGGAAUGUGGACGGUUUCAGUGAGCUAAAUAAGGGACCAAGAGCUGCGAAGAUUUCUGAUAAUAAAGGCGUAAAAAGUCUUGCUCCUGUCACAUUAUUACUUAAAGGACAGAACCUUCCAGUGAAGAGUGAUAACAAAGAAGUGCCUCAGGUGGUUCCGAAUAAAGAACAAUACAAUGGAGAAGAUUUGUCUGAGAAUUAUUCUGAUGCAAAAUUUUAUGUCAUCAAAUCCUACAGCGAGGAUGAUGUUCAUAAGAGCAUAAAAUAUAAUGUUUGGGCAAGCACUCCCAACGGCAACAAAAAGCUGGAUGCAACAUAUCAAGAAGCCAAGGAGAAGCCCGGUGGCUGUCCCAUAUUUUUGUUAUUUUCGGUCAAUACUAGCGGUCAAUUUGUUGGUUUAGCUGAGAUGACUGGUCCAGUUGAUUUCGAUAAAUCUGUAGAGUAUUGGCAGCAGGAUAGGUGGACUGGUUGCUUUAAUGUGAAGUGGCAUAUCAUUAAGGAUAUCCCAAAUGGUGUGUUAAGGCACAUAACACUUGAAAACAAUGAAGGCAAACCUGUAACUAAUAGCAGGGAUACUCAAGAGGUUAAGUUUGAUAAGGGCAUUCAAAUUGUAAAAAUUUUCAAGGAACAUUCAAGCAAAACAAGCAUAUUGGAUGAUUUUGGGUUUUAUGAGUCUCGUGAAAAGACCACUCAGGAGAGGAAGUAUAAGGAACAGCAGUUACCAAAACCUGUCAACAAUGCCGAUGCAGCACAAGGAAAGGUGAAUUCUGAGGUACUGAUAGAAAGGAAUCGGUCCUCCCCAGCAUUUGAAGAUUCUUCUAAGAGCAGUUAA